UAACGCUUUUGAUUUGAAAUAUAUAAAACAAUGGAAGAUUAUGCUCCAGGUCGUUAUAAAAUGCUAGAAAAAAUAGGCGAGGGAGUGCAUGGAUUCGUUUUCAAAGCUAUCGAUUUACAUCGUAAUAAAGAAGUGGCUAUCAAAAAAGUUGCAUUAAAAAAUAAAUUUGGAAAUAUUUCAUUGAGCACUUUGCGAGAAAUCAAAACUUUACAAUUAUGUAAAUCAGAUAAUAUAAUAACUAUUAUUGACAUAUAUCCAGACCUUAUUGGAUUGUCUUUAGUGCUUGAAUAUAUGCCAGAUACCCUGUAUGCCAAACUUAAAAACGAAGCAAGCCCCUUAAGCAGGCAACAAGUACGAAAAUUCUCGUUGAUGAUGAUGAAGGGUAUUGAGUAUUUGCACGGACUUGGUAUUAUGCAUAGGGAUAUAAAACCAGCCAAUCUUCUUAUCAGCCAAAAUGAUGUUUUGAAAAUUGCAGAUUUUGGACUUGCACGUCUGUAUUUUUCAGAAGAGGAAGAUAAAUUGUAUUCUCCGCAAGUGUCUACACGUUGGUAUCGAGCACCUGAAAUUUUAUGGGGCAGUCAGAAAUAUACACCUGGUGUGGAUAUAUGGGCAGCAGGAUGUGUUAUAGCUGAAAUGUUAAGAGGAGUUCCUUUAUUCGCUGGUACGACUGACAUUGAACAGCUUGCUUUAGUCAUAAGAACGCUAGGUAGUCCGCAACUGAAUGAAUGGCCUGAACUUAAAUCUUUGCCAGAUUUCAAUAAAAUACGAUUUCCUAAUGCAGUUGGAAUUCAUUGGGAUAACUUAUUUCCUAGUUGUACACAUGCAGUUGAAAUUAAUUUGGUAUCAAAUUUAGUUGUAUAUAAUCCAAAAAAUCGACUUAAGGCUUCUGAGGUAAAUAUCAGAUGA